UACUAAUUGGCGGGUAGCAUGCUGUGACGCAAACGCUUGUAACGUUAACAACAACAAAGGAUGAUGAAUAAAUGAAGUUUCAAACUUGCGUUGUACACAAGUACAGUUAUGACCGCAGUGUUGUUUAGAGUUUGCUUCCUUUCUGGGGUAAUAAAAACGUUGCAAAUGCAUUUAACACAGGGAUGAACGGUCAAAUCAAAAGCUACAAACUGAAGGUGGAAGGUCUUUAAAAUGAUUCGCAUAGCAGCACUGAAUGCUGCUUCCGCAGCUGCAGAUGAGUCUCAAGACCCUUUGAGAAGUAGCAAGAGUCAGACAAAAGAAGCUCAGGAAGCCGAAGCAUUUGCUCUGUAUCACAAAGCCUUAGAUCUGCAAAAACAUGACAAGUUUGAGGAUUCUGCCAAGGCCUAUCAUGAACUUCUCAAAACUCCACUGCUCAAGGAGGCCAUGCCCUCUGAUGAUCAUAAAGUGGGUCUCAAGCAUCCCGGACUGAUGUUGAAGUAUUCUACUUUUAAAAACUUGGCUACUAUGGCUGCAUUGCGUGAAGACCUGGAGACCGCUAUGGAGUUUUAUUUGGAGGCAGUUAUUUUGGAUUCCACUGACGUGAACAUGUGGUACAAAAUUGGUCAGGUGGCUGUGCGACUGGUGCGCAUUCCACUGGCUCGACAUGCCUUUGAGGAGGGAUUGCACUGUAACCCGGACCACUGGCCCUGCUUGGACAACCUCAUAACUAUUCUUUACACACUCAGUGACUACACCUGCUGUUUGUACUUCAUUGCCAAAGCCCUAGAGAGGGAUCAUUGUUACAAUAAAGGCCUGGUGUUGAAGGAGAAGAUUUUUGCUGAGCAGCCCUGUCUGAAGAGGGACACGAUGCAGAUGUUCAUGAAAUGUGAUAUGUCUAUUCACUACGUGGAAGUGGAGGAAGAGGAAUGCAAAUCCAUUGUGGAAGAGGCACUGGAGUUACGGAAGCGUAGACAGGCUCUCUCUCACUGCGAACCAAAACCUGACCUUGUCCUGAUUCAGCCCAUCCGCUGCCUGUCAUGGAAGCAUGUGGGUGAAGGCCUUCUUGCAAUGUACAGACAUCAGACCACCUGUGAGCCACCACGCCCAAGUCUUGGCCGCAGAAUUGACUUGUCAGAGUACCGUGACCCAAACUUCCUCCAGAACCUCCCCCAACCCAGCAGCCCUGUGAGUAUGGGCCAGACCACCGUGUUGAGCAGCAGCCCCAGCUCAUCUUUGCCGCCAAUGGCCCUCCCUGAGCCAGCAGUGCUACCCCAACCUAGCACUCAACCUCAGAUGACCCCCGCCCAGAACACAGUAGAGGUUACCACUUCUGCUGCCCCUGUCGUGACAGCAAUGGAAGUUUCACUCACAGAUAAAGUAAAGAAAGCUCCGAAAAGGAAACGUGUGGUUGAAGAUAGUGGGGAGACAGCAAAGCGACGUUCGGCACGUGUCCGAAACACAAAAUGCAAGAAGGAAGAAAAGAUUGAUUUUCAGGAACUGCUUUUUAAAUACCUACCUUCCAGGCUAAAGAAGUUUGAUCUUGAUAAUGAUGAUGAAAGUCUGAGUAAUCUUGAGGCGCAGUGUGUUGGGAAAGAGGACAUGCAGCCUUUACAUGGGAGUUGCUUGCCUGCUGACUCAGUUCAAUACAUGGAAUCUGAACAACAGGAUGUCCACAACUUCCUGCUCAGUAACAUGACCAAUGGUGGUAUACUGGACGUGAUGAUGCGCUAUCUGAAAGCAGUGGGCCAGAAGUUCAUGAUGGAGUGGCCUAGGGGGCUGACUGCUGUGGUACUGGAGCUCCAUCAGAGCUGGAGGAAGCACAGCAGUGGUCUUCCUAACCCUCUGCUUCGGGACUGCAGCAACCAACACAUCCGGGAAAUGUUGGCAAUGAGCUUAGCGUGUAUGGAGUUGCAGUUGGAGCAAUGGUCACACAACAAAGGGAAGACUGUGUCUCCAAGAAGAAGCAGCAUUGGUCCUGGAAGUGAUGCAGCUGACUCAGAAUUCCCUGGGCAACACUUCCAGAGUGAUUUGUUACUUCUGGCCUUAGGUUCAUCCCAAAAAGACCUGUUUGAGGAUGAUUGGCUGGAUGUCAUGGUGCGUGUCUACUGGCUCAAGGCACGAUUCUUGGCCCUGCAGGGAGACAUGGAGUUGGCCCUGGAGAGCUAUGAUGUCUGUGUAGGUUUGUUGCAGAGCAAACCCAGGACCCCCGAAGGGAAACCUUACACUAUCAACCUCCCUAACCUGCGUGUAGAUGCAGCAAUCUCAGUGGAAGAGAUUGACAAGAGGCUGAAGUCUCUGGAGCGCUGUCAGUCUUUGGAGGAGAUCCAGCGUUUCUUUGAGUCUGCCGACUUUGAUUCUGUUGUGCGCUUGCUGCAGCCCACUCUUAAUUACGGCAGCAGGAGUAAACCUCUGGAGUUGGUGAGCUCAGCACCAGAACGGCCUGCUCAACUGAUGCUACUGCAGAACUCGCUGUUGAAACUGCAGGACUACCGGCAGUGUUUGGAGUGUAGUGAGCUGGCUCUGAAUGAGGCUCUGCAGCAGCUCAACUCUGCAUCAAACCACUCUCCCCCUAGUAAGGAGGAGUGGGUCAGUACUAUUGUAAAGUUGCUGGAGGGCACCGAGGUCUGCAUCACCAAAGACUCUGAGCUUCUAAGCAAUGUUCCCCACUUGGCUCGACUGGCAAAUAAUCUAAUUCAGCUGAUUGAUCUUAGCAUGAACAUUUCCGACGAUCCCAAGGAUCCUUAUUUCUUCUCGGUUCUACCUUGGAUUAUCUUGUAUCGUAUUAUCAAACAUGAGGAGGCUGCUUUUAACUGUAUGCUUCGCCAGCAUAUGUCUGUAGGAGAUGAUGAAGAUGGCUCAGACAUUCCCAUGCUGCCCUCCUCCCUGAUGCUUCUGAACACAGCCCAUGAGUAUCUUGGCCGUCGCUCUUUGUGCUGCAACUCAGACGGCGCUCUCCUCAAGUUCUAUGUUCAAGUUUUAAAAAAGGAGAUUGCAGCCUCUUCCAACAAUGACGCUCAUCCCUACAAAGAGGAGUUGGAGAUGGCCCUGGAACAGUGCCUUUUCUGCCUAUACGCCUACCCCAGUAAGAAGAGCAAGGCCCGAUACCUUGAGGACCACUCAUCUCCACAGGUUGAGUUGCUGUGGUGUGAUGCUCUCUUCAUGUUCCAGUAUUUCAAACCAAAGUCACUGCCUGAGUUUGACAGCUAUAAGACAAGCACAGUGUCUGCAGAAUUGGCCAAUUUGCUGAGGAGGUUUUCUGGCAUCGCCCCUACAAGUGACACUCCCAUCCUCACCAUGGAUGAAGUGGCAGCCUACAUUGAGGGCAUAACAGAAAAGGCCCCAUGCCUUCCUGAGGGUAGUGCUCCUGCCCCUCCAAUCAUUGAUGAGAUGUACUAUCUGUUGGCUGACUACCAUUUCAAGAACAAGGAGCAGUCCAAAGCCAUCAAGUUCUAUAUGCAUGACAUAUGCGUGUGUCCCAACAGGUUUGACUCCUGGGCAGGGAUGGCUUUGGCUAGGGCCAGUCGUAUUCAGGAAAAGCUCAACUCCAAUGAGCUGAAAAGUGACAUUCCGAUAUGGAAACACUCCCAGGCAGUGCUUAACUGCUUUAAAAGGGCCCUGGAAAUAGACAGCUCUAACCUGUCUCUCUGGAUCGAGUAUGGUACCAUUUCAUAUGCGCUGCAUACAUUUGCCUCGCGGCAGCUCAAGCAGUGGCGCAGUGAGCUCCCCCCAGAGGUGGUUAAACAGAUGGAAGAAAGGAGAGACUCUAUGUUGGAGACAGCGUCCCUGUGUUUCCAGGGUGCCUCCCGUUGUGAGGGUGACAGUGAUGAAGAAGAGUGGCUCAUUCACUACAUGCUCGGGAAGAUAGCAGAGAAACGCAAACAGCCUCCAGCGGAAUAUCUGCAGCUUUAUAAAAAGGCAGCACACUAUCUGCAUGAAGAAGCUGCCAGGUAUCCCCGAAAAAUCCAUUACCAUAAUCCUCCUGACCUGGCCAUGGAGGCCCUGGAGUUGCAUUUCCGUCUCAGUGCCACCACCCUAAAACUAUUAGAGGGCAAUGUGCCUGAUCUGGAGCACGAGGUCUUGUUCAGAUUGCUGGUUGAGGCAGCUGUUGGUCCAUUUGCCAGGGGGGAAGAGAAGAGUAUGCCAAGCAUGCCUAGGUCACUUGAAAAGGAGAAACCCACCUCCAUGAUGGAUGGGGACUUUAAUUACUCGUCAGUUUGCAUAGGGAACGUCCUCGGCUCCUCCCAUCCAUCAGCUGCCACCCCAGGUCUGACAUCCCCUCCUUACGUGGCCACGCCAUUUGACCAUGAUUACGCCAAACGCAAAACACUCCGACGGCAGCAGUGGCAGCAACAGCGGCAUGAGGAGCAGCAGGCUGAUGCCUCACCAGACUUUGACCAUGCUUACUGCCUGCCCAGGUCUCCAAUGUGGCUGGCUUCCCUGAAUGAGCGCAGUCAGGACAGUGAGGUGGUGAUGCUCUCUGACUCCAACUCCACCCAGGAUGCCUUCACAGAUCCCACCAGCUCACAAGACAGCAGCCACAAACCUGCUUCUGGGAAAGCCAGUUCCUCGUCAUCAGAAAGUACAACCCCUGUAAAGGACAGACAGUUUGCAUCUGAGGACACAGCAUCACAUGGAGAACAUUCUGGCAUCCAGGCAGAAGAAAAGGUUAUCCAGGAAGAAGUAGAAGCUGUGGUUGUGACCCUCCCUGAGGCUUCAGCCCCCAAGCUUUCUGCGGACCCUUGUCCUCAUCCUUUGCCGGUUCAAGCCACCCCUCCAAAGGCAGCCCAUUCUCUACAGGCUGCUCCUCAAACCCCCGCCAGUGAGGGAAAGAGGAAGCCAGAGCCCCCCGCUGAGGUUAUUGAGGUGCCCAAGGUCCUGCCAACCGACCGUGGCGACCAAAGACAAAUGUUGGUAGAAAUGUGCGUCCGUGCUCUCUUCCUCUGCCUCAGCCGCUUCCCUCAGCACUACAAGAGUCUUUACCGAUUGGCCUUCUUCUACACCAACAGCAAGACCCACCAGAACCUACAGUGGGCCCGAGAUGUGUUGCUAGGAAGCAGUGUCCCAUGGCAACAGCUGAAGCACAUGCCAGCACAAGGACUUUUCUGUGAAAGAAACAAGACAAACCUGUUCAAUGGCAUCUGGCGUAUUCCAGUAGAUGAGAUUGAUCGCCCCGGAAGUUUUGCAUCUCAUAUGAACAGAUCCAUUGUCCUCUUACUGGAGGUGCUGUCUCAGCUUAAGGAUCACGAUACUCUUUUGAAAGUCUCUUUCAUGCUGCAGAGAACCCCCGACCAGGGAAAGAAGUAUUUACGGGAUGUUGAUCGUCAGGUUUUGGCCAAGAGAGCAUUUUUCCUAACUGUAAAAGUCCUGGAAGACAAUCUGAACAGUCUCACUGGGGUGUCUGAGCAGCUUCACAAAGCCCCUGGGCCCUCCAUGGGGGAGAUGACCACGACGGACGCAUCCAACAGGCCACGUUCAGAGGACAGCAAAAAUGCACUGCCCAAGAAGCCUGGACUCACAGAGGGAGCCUGUGUCACAGACACAGGGCCCAGGGAAGCCUCUCAGGCACAACUCAACCCACCACCACUAUCCAUGGAUAAAGGGAGUAAAGUUCAGGAGAUCUAUACUGGCAAGGUGGAGACUGCUGGCAGUGAGGGGCACAAAGCAGGGUUGGAGGAACCAAUGGAGCUGGACACCUGCCGCUGGAUGAGGCCCUCUAUUACCACAGAUUCUCAUGGCAACCAAGUGGAGGCUGAGACCUCGCUGAGUGCAGCGGAGUCCCAGCAGAAAGUGACUGACAGCAGCCGGACACCAGAGCUGUCCCUAGAGGAGCUAAGUAUCAGCUCCAGGCAGCAGCAGCUCCAAGCCUUGGCACCAAAGGUCACCAUGGCAGCCACCGGGACUGAUCAGGGUUUACCACGUAGGCCAAACAGGAAAAGGAAGCUUCUUGAAGAUGCGGAGUCCGGAAAAACGUUACUGCUUGAUGCCUAUAGGGUGUGGCAGCAAGGCCAGAAAGUCAUGACGUACGACCUGGCACGCAUUGAGAAGAUCAUGUCAGAGACUUAUAUGCUCAUAAAACAGGUUGAUGAGGAUGUAGCCCUGGACCAAGCUGUGAAGUUCUGCCAGAUACAGUUGGCUACUUCUGCCCAAAGACAGCAGUCUGCAGGCGAUGCCCCGACCACACCCAAGUACAACAAGGAGCACCGAGACCUCUUCUUCCCUGCCUCUCUGCCGACUCCUGUCCUCCUCAGCCACGGUGCCUGCCACCCGCUGUCCAGCCCGGAGGGGCAGGCCAAAGUGGCGUACGAGCCGCUGAGCAAGUUGUCCAGACCUCAAGCUUCGGGCUUCCACGAUCAGGCACAGCACCGCAGAGCAGCUAGCCUCCCUGCUGCAGCCGUGGCCUUCCUACCACACACAGAGGAGCGGGAGGAGCACUCUGAGGGACUUUCGUACCGACAGCAGGAGUCACACCUUUGUCAUCAGAUGAAACUCGCCACUGUAUCCCAGGGGCAAGAGUCCGCAGCAGGCUGGUUCCAGGAGGAAAUGGCCACAUGUAGCACCGCACAACCUUGCCCAGACCAGCAGCAGUAUGCCAGCGAUGAGCAGUCAAAGCUUCCAGACCCCGGUCGAAUCCGCUCCCGCGUCCCAGCCAACAUGCCAAAGCUUUUCAUUCCUUCCACCGUUACCAAGUUUCCGCCAGAAAUCACAGUAACACCUCCAACACCCACACUUCUCUCCCCUAAAGGCAGCAUCUCAGAGGAAACCAAACAAAGACUUAAGAACGUCAUCCUGUCAUCUCAGUCUGCAGCCACAGUCAAAAAGGACACCCUGAGCCAGCCGGCGCUGGAGGUGCAGGAGACAUCCAGCCAGGAGUCGUCUCUGGAGAGCGAGUCGGACGAGGAGGACGAUUACAUGGACGUCUGAGCCUCUCCCAAGGCUGUGUGUGUGUGUGUGUGUGUGUGUGUGUGUGUGUGUGUGUGUGUGUGUGUGUGUGUGUGUGUGUGUGUGUGUGUGUGUGUGUGUGUGUGUGUGUGUGUGUGUGUGUGUGUGUGUGUGUGUGUGUGUGUGUGUGUGUGUGUGUGUGUGUGUGUGUGUGUGUGUGUGUGUGUGUGUGUGUGUGUGUGUGUGUGUGUGUGUGUGUGUGUCACUGCAGCUGCUGUCUUCGUUGAUGCUAUUGCUCCCUCAUGUGCAUUACAGGAAAAACUCCCAAACUUGUCAUGUUGCUCUGCUUGUCGGCAGACGGUGAUGGCUUUAGUCUCACAUCAUCUAUAAUGUGCCAUUUAUGCAUAUCACACAUUAACUUAUCGAGCUCUCCUGCACCCCGACGUUCACUGGAUCUGGCAAGAAGGCUUUUCGGCCUUCAAAGCCAACCAGUCCCGCGUUUAUGCAUUUUAUUUAUUUUCUUGUUCUGUGCUAACUGCAGCUUAACCUUUGUCUGAGAACUCUCCAAUCUGAGGUGCCUCGGUCUGGACUGAUGCUCAGGAGCAUGUGCCUGCUGUCCACCACUUUGAUCACUUGCUUUGGCAUGAGAAUUUCAUCUGCAAGAUACAUUUCAUUGGUACAUCGUCUAUUUUAAUCAACACAAGGGUGAAAUAAAGACAAUCGGCUGCAUUCGAGGUUCUCGGGGUCUGUGUCACUAAAGGGCCUCACAACCUGUAGCAGAAAUGUUUACACUAACGUGUGGGAUGUUUUUCAGUUAGCACUUAGCUUUGUGCUACUACUUUGUAAUAUUUUGUCCUAUACGUAUAUUUUUCUUUUCUUUGGUGUGCAUUUGUAGCUAAGAGGAACAGUUCUUACCAGGAAGUCGUUAUGUCACCAGCACUGAUCUGAAUGAAAUGGAAAGGGGUUUCAGUUAUUAUGAAUUAGCUUUUGUACAUAUCACAAUCCAAAUAUCUUUCCAAUGUUUUUGGCCUUUAAUGGGUUGAGUAUUAAGCUGGAGAAGUGUGUGCUUGUGUGAGAGUGUAAACAUUAAGGUUCAAUUUCAGUCAACCCAGGAAGCGAGUCACGGCCAGGAGAAUCGCUCGCUCCUGACUUCAGUGGAAUUGAAAUGCACGCAGAAGAAGACUUGCUAAUGAUGCCUUUGCAUGAAAAACCAUUUUGGUAAAUGUGUCAUAAUAAGACAACAGAAUGUUUUUUACAGAUUGUUUUCUAUAAAAAAGAAAGAUGUUUACUGAUUGUUUCUUGAAAGCUGUCCAAAGUUUUUGGGAAAAGGACACAAAUGAAUAAUUGUAAACUAUCACACAAAAAUGUUUUGUAUUUUAUUUCCUUGUUUUUGUUCAUUUCUUUGGUGUAACAUAUUUUUCUAUUGUUCUUGUGGGAAUGUACCACGCCUAAAAGAGUGACUGGGUUGAGAUCCCCCCCCACCUCUCUCUAUUUUGUUUGGACUUAAUGCAUUAUAGAUGUUGAACCAAAAAUAUAUUUGAGAAACACAAUAUUUGUGCUGUGUGCUUAAUAUCCAGAUCUGUAUAGAAUGUUAUCAACAUGAGACCUUGCUUCCAAUGAGACGAUGGUUUCGUUUGUUGUCUGUAUGAACUUAACUGUCGGCACCGCUCAGACCUCCUGGGAUUCUGAGGAAAACAGUUAGGUAGCACCACCUGGGACUGCGGGAACUAUGGUUUAUUAUAAGACAUAUGCUUAAAAUCAACAUUCUCAACAUUUAUCUAUAGAGCAAAACUACCAGCAUCCUACAACACGUACAGUAUAACUACUUAAACCCAGUCGCCCGACAACAGACGGAUGUUCUUUCAUUGUUAAGAUGCUAACGUGAUGUUGUUACAUGUAUGAUGUUGUAUGGGACUGGACAGAAUGCAUAAGCAAAGACACUAAAUAUUGUUAUGAACACAUUAAAAACCUAAUGGGGUAACCUAAUGAUGUACUUCACAUGUGGUCGAAACAAAGUUCGCUUCCAGUUUGACUACCUUAUCAUAAUUCCCAAACAUGUAA